UAGUGAGGUGCUGGCGGCCUGCUAGCAGUUACUACAUGUUAAUAUGGCGGUGGCCGAGUGCCUCCUAGAGUUAAGACUGAAUUUGUGAUUAUUCUUUAGAAUUUAACCGCAAUUUGCCUCCUCAGCGAUGUAAAAGGCGGUUUAGUGGAUGAGCGGAGGACAUAUUAUUAUUGAAAGAUGCAGCAGGGAGUGCUCACGGAAUCCUCAGACAGGGAGAAAGAGAGUUCAAAUAAGGGAAGUAGUAGUAGUGGCCACAGUGGGGAGGAGGGCAAGACUGAACAACCUCUCCAUCUCAAAUGCCACACGUAUGCCGACCUACAAGACAAAUUCUUUACCACAUCUGCUGACUCUGACAGUGAAGAAGGCGACGAAUCGGAGGUGGAGCCAUUUUCCUUGGGUGAGGGUGAGGGGGAGGAGGAGGAGGUGGUUGGAGCUGGUGGGAACGUCCGCAACAAGUUCUUGUUGUCGGCUGCCGCAGCCCAUGCUACGGCCACCACGCCUGACCUUAACACAACCUCGCCACAUCACCACACUCAACCGCACUUUGAUCCUGAUACUCAUUCGCGAUUAGUGGCUCUUCUUGAAGCUGCAGAUCCAGAAGUUCUUCGUCGACUUACCUCUAGUGUUUCUUGUGCUUUGGACGAAGCUGCAGCAGCCUUAACGCGCAUGCGCUCGGAGACAGUAGGAGGGGCGGCAGCAGCAGCGGCGGCAGCGGCGGCGGCAGCUGCUGCAGCCACGGUGGGAGGGAGUAGUAGUAGCAGUAGCAGCAGCAGCAGUAGUAGCAGCAGUAGCAGCAGCAGCACGCCAGGAGACGGGCAACGUACGUUGGUUGAGGCGUGCACUGACGGAGACGUGUUGACUGUUCGAAGGCUGCUGGAUGAGGGAAGAUCGGUCCAUGAAACAACAGAGGAAGGGGAGAGUCUUCUUUCAUUAGCCUGCUCUGCUGGUUACUAUGAACUAGCUCAGGUGCUUCUUGCCAUGCGUGCCAAUGUUGAAGACCGAGGCAUCAAGGGUGACUGCACCCCACUGAUGGAAGGAGCGUCUGCUGGGCACGUAGAAAUUGUCAAAUUGUUGAUUGCCCAUAAUGCUGAUGUGAACGCCCAAUCGUCAUCGGGCAACACUCCUCUCAUGUAUGCGUGUGCAGGCGGCCACACUGAUGUUGUCAAGGUUCUGCUGCAGCACGGAGCAAAUGUGGAAGAACAUAAUGAAAAUGGCCACACACCACUGAUGGAAGCUGCUUCUGCCGGUCAUGUAGAGGUUGCCAAGAUCUUGUUGGAGCAAGGUGCAGGAAUCAACACCCAUAGUAACGAAUUUAAAGAAUCGGCCUUAACCUUAGCGUGCUAUAAGGGUCACCUCGAAAUGGUCAAGUUUUUACUGGAUGCUGGGGCAGAUCAAGAGCAUAAGACGGAUGAGAUGCACACUGCCCUGAUGGAAGCCAGCAUGGAUGGUCAUGUCGAGGUUGCCCGCCUUUUGUUAGACUCUGGCGCCCAGGUAAACAUGCCAGCGGAUAGCUUUGAGUCACCACUAACCCUAGCUGCCUGUGGUGGCCACACCGAUCUUGCACUGUUGCUGGAACGUGGCGCAAAUAUAGAGGAAGUAAAUGAUGAGGGUUACACCCCCCUCAUGGAAGCUGCUAGGGAAGGACAUGAGGAAAUGGUGACAUUACUUUUAGCUCACAGUGCUGAUAUUAAUGCGCAAACUGAAGAAACUCAAGAAACUGCAUUAACCUUAGCUUGUUGUGGAGGAUUUCGGGAUGUAGCAGACCUUCUGAUUAAAGCUGGAGCUGAUUUAGAAUUGGGUGCGUCGACCCCCCUCAUGGAGGCAGCCCAAGAAGGUCAUCGAGAUUUGGUUGAGUACCUAAUUGAUGCUGGUGCCAACGUUAAUGCCCAGACGUCGACAGGGGACACUGCUCUAACAUAUGCCUGUGAAAAUGGGCAUACAGAUGUCGCAGACCUUCUUUUGCAAGCUGGAGCAAAUCUUGAACAUGAGAGUGAGGGGGGUCGAACCCCACUGAUGAAAGCUUGUCGAGCAGGUCACUUGUGUACGGUACAGUUCCUCAUUGUAAAAGGUGGAGACGUUAAUAAGACGACCACGAACAACGAUCAUACACCACUCUCUCUCGCCUGUGCUGGGGGUCAUGUUCCUGUUGUAGAGCUGCUUUUGGUCCAUGGAGCUGAUCCCAACCAUAAGCUCAAGGACAACUCGACCAUGUUGAUGGAAGCAAGUCGAGGAGGCCACACUAAGGUUGUCCAGCUUCUGAUAGACUUCCCUUCUUCCAUUUCCCACUUGUUGCCCGUGGUCGGACCACCUCAACAUCAAGUCACAGCUACGACCCAAGGUCCAGCUGCAGAGUUGGCUACCGGAGCCAUCCUAGAGAGUGACCCUCACCAGUUGCCCAUGGGUCUCACUGUGGUGCAGGGUUCUGAUCCACAGCAAUCUCUUGUAGUUAACCCUAAUCAAAUAUUUAACGAUAUAGAUGAGAGACUUGGUGAAGGGGGAGCUGUAAUGGGUUCUAGUGGUGUUCAAACCAGUGUAGUAAAAGGAAACAGAACCAAACCUAAUCGUAAGCCAGGGGUCAUCUCCACUUUGCCUACCACCAAUUCAUCUAAUCUCACUACCACCACUGGUCCAAAUGGGGAAAAGUUGACACCAUCCUCAGACUCUCAAAUAAUUAAAACUCCCCCAGUAAGCAAGGGCAGCAAUAGUGGGGGAGAGAGUGUUUUAUUGACGCCCGCCUCCCCAACGUCUCCCCCACCUCCUAGUAAUCAGGAGGAAGCCAAAAUGAGACCCUGUGAUAGACUUGACCAGUAUGUUGAUAACUUAGUAAGAAAAGCAGAGCAACCAUCUUCUAAUAGAGAGGAACAAAUUCUACAGAAACAGCAAAUAUUAGAGGAGUUGCAGCGAGUGGAGAGAGAACUGCAGGGUAAAGUUAUUCCCUACAGUGGCAGCUAUGAUCCCUCCAGGAUCCCCAUCAGCAGCUGUGCUGUUACAGCCAGCAGUAGCAGCAGCAGUGGUGUGGGUGUUGGAAACUUGAGUGGAGUGUCCACCACCUCAUUUGCCAGUAGCAGUAGCAGUGAUAUUGUUAGUAGUGGUAUGAGUGGCAGUGGUACCUCUCUAGCAGCCCCUCUUGUUUAUCCUCCAGCAUCCUUGCACACCCACGUACCCAUCGCCACUCACACUGUUGAGACUCAGACGGGCUUCCUUCCAAAUACUGGCUGGACGGGAUUACCCCCUGGCGUUGUUAUGUCUGACUUACCUCCUGUUGUCUCAUUGUACAGUGGAGGAGGUGCCUCUGCAACACAACUCCCUAUCUCAUUGCCAGCAGAAGUGGCACAAGUACCAUCAACGAUGUUUCCUUCAGGUGCUUGUCCCCAGGAGUCUCCAAGUUAUGGUAGUUCAUCUGCUUAUCAUACUCCAGCUUCUCCUCCAUCUCUCCCUUCCCAUAACAUCCCUUCCUCCUCCUCUUCCUCUUCUGGGCCAGCAACUGGAAAUGUACCCGUGUCUGAAAGACCGAAGAUGAUACCUUCGAAGAAAGCUGAUAAGAAGAAACUUCAGUUACAACAGCAACAGCAGCAGCAGCAACAAAAACAAGUGUCAGCGCCGCAACACUCCUCACAGCAGCAAAUGAUGGUGCAACGCAGCCAAACUGUUCAACCGCUUCAACUUCAGCAGGUGCAGCUAAACCAUGGGGUCGAUGGUAGCUACAGCUGUCACGGUAAUAGUUUGACCACGCAACCAUUAUUAGUUCCUGGAGGGAAUGUGUCAUCUCUCCCUCCUCCUCCUCCUCCUGGGGUUCCACAUCCUGCGGGUGGCUCAUCUCAAGGUCUGCCCCGUCCUCCACCUAUACCACCACCAUUAUUGGGUGACAGUACUCUUGAUAAGAAUUGUCAAAAUAAGAAAAUAGAAACUCCUUUACCUAGAGGAAAGAUGGAUAAGAAGAGAAGUGUCCCCUCUGAGUGUGAUUGCCCGGGAGUAUUAUCAGAAGAUAUGGAAAAUGCAAUGUUAGAAGGUGAUAGCACUGGCAGAGAUAUUGGAAGUAGUGCGGAAGUUGUUCCGCUUACCCCCAUUGGGACUCAGAUGCACUUGUCAACGGGGUUAGGGCCGACCCCAGCGACUGGAUUGCAGUUUGUUCCUACUACAAUAGUUUCUACCCCUCACUUGCAGUUUCCUCCUUUCCAAGUUGGUAGUGGCUCUGUACCUCUGCCGUAUAGUUCUCUGUCAGGACUUGGAGUUGGCCAGACUGUCCCUAACCAAUCCAUCACCAGCCAAACUGCUGCUGCUGCAACUGUAGCUGCUCAUCAUCAGUUGCAAGUGUUGGCUCCCACAGGAAUAGCGGCAAGUAGCAGCAGCAGCAGCAGCAGUAGUAGUACUAGCAGCAGCAGCAGCACCAGCGGCGGCAGCAGCAGCAGCAGCAGCAGCAGUAGUAGUACUAUUUCCAAUAAUGCCAGUGGAGGUAUUCCUGUGGGAGCAACAACUGCUCCACAUUCUAACAAGUCUCAGGUAAAGAAGUAUUUGCUUCAGUCACCACAGACAGGAGGAGCUGCUGGAGAAGUCAGUGUUCAGCAGCGUGGACCCUUAGGUCCUCUUUUGCAUACUAGCACUGCUGCCAUAUCUUCAGGCCAGCAAGUCACUACUCAUUCCCCAAGCAUCUGUCAACCCCCCAGCAAGAACAAGAAGAAGCAAUUGCGAAGCAGUACGAACAAGCAACAAGAGAGGGACAGCCAUCUCACUCUUCCUGUAAGUGCCGAUGCACCCGGUGAACAUGAUAUUGCAGCACAUCACCAGGCUGUUACUGCAGGCUUACCGUUGGAUCCUGCCGGUCAAGGAAUGGUGUACGCUAACACCCACACCAUGGCUCAUUUCCCGGUGAGUAUGGCUCCACAAUCUGGCACUCUUCCUCUCUCCCCGGCACCUGUCACCAGCUUUGGUCAAGGUCUGCAGGUCAAUGAGCCCGGUUUGAUGGUAGCUACUCCAGCUGCUCCGGCCAAGAUACUCAAUGACCAGUUGUCUGAGAUGAUUGCUACACCUGCUGCACAGGGAAGUGGAAGUCAGUUGGGCGUCGGGAGUGGUGUCCCAGUCUCAGUUGGUCUGCCAUACGUGGGUGGAGAUGGAACUGUCCCAUACACUGGGCAUGCGAGUGUAGGUCCAGGGACUGUAUGCCAUUAUCCAACUGCCAUCCCUUCACAUCUUGUGGAUGUUGACAUAGAAACUGAUUCAAACCAUGAUACUGCUUUAACUCUAGCCUGUGCUGGCGGUCACGAAGAGUUGGUACAGCUUCUCCUUGCACGUGGUGCCACAAUAGAGCAUAGAGAUAAGAAAGGGUUCACACCUCUAAUCCUGGCAGCAACAGCAGGCCAUAGCAAAGUUGUUGAGACGCUGUUAAAUGCUGGUGCGCACAUUGAGGCGCAGUCAGAGCGUACCAAGGAUACACCUUUAUCCUUGGCAUGCUCUGGAGGAAGGUACGAGGUUGUAGAGAUAUUGCUGCAGAGAGGAGCUAACAAGGAACAUCGUAAUGUGUCUGAUUACACGCCGCUCAGUCUAGCAGCAUCUGGGGGUUUUGUAAACAUCAUCAAGCUGCUUUUGGACAAUGGAGCAGAGAUUAACUCCAGAACUGGAAGCAAACUUGGCAUUAGUCCCCUGAUGUUGGCUGCCAUGAAUGGUCAUGUAACAGCAGUAAGGUUGCUGCUGGACAUGGGCUCAGACAUCAAUGCUCAAAUUGAAACCAACCGCAAUACGGCUCUCACCCUUGCUUGCUUCCAAGGUCGUCAUGAAGUCGUGUCACUCCUUCUCGACCGUAAAGCGAAUGUUGAACAUCGUGCCAAGACUGGCUUGACGCCCCUAAUGGAAGCUGCGAGUGGUGGUUAUGUAGAGGUUGGCCGGGUAUUAUUAGACAAAGGUGCCGAUGUCAAUGCUCCCCCUGUACCCUCCUCAAGAGAUACAGCUCUCACUAUUGCGGCAGAUAAGGGACACUAUAAGUUUGUUGAACUUCUCAUCCAAAGAGGUGCUCAAGUUGAGGUGAAAAACAAGAAAGGAAACUCGCCUUUGUGGUUGGCAGCUAAUGGUGGUCAUCUUGAAGUAGUUCAGUUACUAUACAGUGCUUCAGCCGAUAUAGAUUCUGAAGACAAUAGAAAGGUGUCUUGUCUAAUGGCUGCUUUCAAGCGUGGCCACUAUAAAGUUGUAAAGUACAUGGUCCGUAAUGUGUCCCAGUUCCCCUCAGACCAAGAAUUACAGAGGUACAUAGCCACUCUAAGUGAUAAAGAAUUAGUAACAAAGUGCUCCAAUUGUUUAGAAGUCAUUCGUGCUGCCAAAGAUAAACAGGCAUUAGAGGCUAAUAAGAACGCAUCCAACUUACUGGAAGAGUUAGAACGGGAAAAGUCAAGAGAGGAAUCAAAGAAGUUGGCUGCCCUUCGAAGAAGGAUAAAGAAAAGGGCCAAAAAGCAAGAGAAGAGAGAGGAAAAAAGACGCCUUGAAGGAAUUAAGAGAGUGGAUGAUGGAAGUGAUAAUUAUGAAGGGGAAGAUGAUGACGAUAAUGCUAACAACGAGAAAGAAAAAGAGAAAACAAAAAGGGAGAAGAAUGAAGCUAAUGCUCUUCAGAGGGUAGUGGAACAAAUUGUACCGGAAGAAAAGGAUGGUGACAGUGGCAUAGAUUCUAAUAGUCAGACCAGUGCAACUUCAGAAACCAAAGUUAUGGAUGAAAAAGACAAACCAGGCAAGAGAACCAAAAAGAAAAAGAGAGAAUCUGCAACAAAAGACUCAACUAUAGCAAACCAAAAGCAAAACAGUAAUCCAUCCCCUCUUCCCACUGCUGAAAGUGGUGGUAGCCAGAAGAAAUCUGUUUCUACAAGUAACAGUAACAAUAAUAAUAAUAGUAAUACUACUAAUAAUAACAAUAAUACACAUUCUCAACCUAGUGCCUCAUCAAUAACUACUUUAAUUACUACUACAAGUACUACCACUACAACCACAACAACGUCAUCGUCCUCAUCUUCAUCCUCCUCCUCCUCUUCCACCUCAUCCUCAAAAAGUAAGAAGAAGAAAGAUGAGGAGAAUAAGGCAAGUGGUGUCAUGAAUGAAUUGGACAUUUUUCAUCUAGACAACAUUAAACCAACCAAUAACAAAAAAUCUGGCCAUGAUUCAUCUCGUGUUAAUGCUCUGGACACAUUUGGCGAAGUGGACCAUUAUGUCACCCCAAUACCAGGAUUAGUUGGUAGUGCGUCAACUACUCUUAGUGCGCCAUCUCUCAGUCCAAAUGCUAAAGUAUCAUCAGGACUUGGAACAAGUCCCAAGAAAGGUAGUCGUAGAGAAGAAGGAUGGAAAGAAGUUAGUCGAAAAGCGAAGAAAGUGGCUGUUCCAAACAGCGCAAUCAGUAGGGUAAUAGGACGUGGGGGUUGCAACAUCAAUACCAUUCGAGAAGUAUCAGGAGCACACAUAGAAGUGGAAAAACAAGGGAAGAGCCAAGGAGAUAGAAUGAUAAGUAUCAAGGGCUCAACUGAAGCAACCCGUCAGGCUCAGAAUCUUAUAUCUGCCUUAGUAAAAGACCCUGAUAAAGAUUUAUCAGAAUUAAUUCCCAAGACAGUUGUUAAAGUAGCCCCUAAACCACCUAAAGUUAGUAAUGCAGAUUCUUCUAAUUCUAGUUCAGCAAACAAGGCUCUUAGACCAGCCAGUACAAUUGGAAUAAGUAUGGCAACUGUUACGGCUUCCACCAUCAGCAUAACAACUGCAAAGUCUGGAACAACUACUGCUACAGCGUGGUCAAGUGCAGUUUCAUCUCCCAAAAGAACAUCUCAGGUUAGACCUGUGUCAUCUGGUGGUGCACUUGUCUCUGCUGUUCCUAAAAGUCCUGCUGUACGACAGUUAUUCCCUGGGGAAAAGAAAUCUGUGCCUGUUACUACUGUAGCGAGUAAGGUUCUGAAUAAUGUACAUCCCUCAACUGUAGCUCACACCACUGAUGCCAUGCAGACCUUUGCAGCUAAACUGGCAGACUCCAAAGGAUCAGCUAAACUCUCUUCUACUCCACCCUUAGUGGGAUCUCCAAAGCCUUCUGUACAACAAAAUUUAGCAAAUACUGUUUGUACAUCCGAGAGUAUUGUUGGAGAGGAAAAAUGUGUGCCAGAAGCCAAUAAUAAUAGUAUGAUGAGUGAACAGUAUUCUAUUUUUAAUAAUAGAUUCAGUCAAGUAACGCAUGAAGCCAUGUGGGGAGCUAAGGAGAAGCAGCAAAACUUUGCAUCUGUUGCAGCUUCAGGUCUUGUUACGAAUGGUAAAUUUCAGCCUCAGGGACUUCAGCAAAAUCAACAGCAAACAGCUCAUGGGCAAGGUAAUUCCUACGUGGAUCAGAUUGAUCAGUCUCCAGCUCCGGAGGCUACUCGCGCGCCAGGUUAUCGUGGUGUGACUUCUACAGUUACUGUUAGCAGUCAUAUGACAUCUGUUGCAACAGGCAGUCCUCCAGGUAGUGUUCCUAUGCCAUUAUCAAUGCCUGGACCUCAUCAGCCGGGUGCAACAAGUAUGGCACGAAGUGCUCCGGGUACACCUGUCGCGUCUCCUUCCAUGAGACCUAUUGCUCCCCCUCCUACUCGCCAAACUGCAACGCCACCCUUCCCUCGUACUUCGGUUGACAUUGGAGGAGACCCGCCUCCUUUCCUACUUCCAGGUCCAGCUCGUACCCCACCUCCAAUGGUAUCGCCAAUGGUACGUCUGGGUCCAGUAGCCCCCCUGCCAACACGUGGUCAUCUUUCUCAAGUAAAUGUAAACAUGGGUCCUCAACCAUUUUCAGGUGUAUCCAUGGCUAGUCUAGCGCCAGGAGGUCCUGUAUCAUCCAUGCCACGUGUUCCCGUGCCAGGGCCUCCAGAACAUUCAGAAUUAGUAAACCUGGCUCCUGGGCAACCUUACCGUAAACCACCACCACCCAUAGAAAUUGCAAUGGGUUCAUUUCAUCAGCAAAAGCAGCAGCAGCUACAGCAACAGCAGCAACAGCAGCAGCAGCAACAACAGCAGCAGCAACAGCAGCAGCAGCAGCAACAGCAGCAGCAACAGCAACAACAACAGCAACAACAACAGUUUUCCAUAGCACAGCUGGCAGGCAUGAUGAAUGGAGUGAGGUUUACCACCCCUCAAACAAACACUCAUCCUGUCUUUACAAAUAAUAUGAUGGCUCCAAUAUCUGCAGCUCCUCAGAUUCAGAGUAAUCUUAAUCCUAAUGCUCCUGAUUUUACAAGUAGGUCUGGAACCUUUGUGCCAUCUACUUUUCCACCUCGAUCACAACUAGCUGCUUUCCAGAAUGGAGCUCCCACUGUUACUCCUUCUUUAGGUUCAGGCUAUGGUGGAAUUAGUCAGUUUCCUGGUGGGUUAGAUUUACAUACUGAAUCAUUGAUAGGACUUAUGCCGCCACGAAACCAGCCACCUCUUGCUGUAGUGCCUGCUUCAGUUGGAGGUAAUGCUGCAUUUCGAAAUAAUGCUGGUCCACAGGAGAACUCUUCACCAGUACACUCCCCACACAAUUCAAACCCAGCUUCACCCACUCAGACAGCUGCUGCCAAUAAUGCAGGAUUAGCUCAAAUGCAUGAAGAGCAGCGACAUGCUAAACUUCAGCCUAUUGGUACUGAAAGAGCUCAGAAAAGAUCAGAACGUGGGGGUGUUGGUAUUUUAAGUGGUGGAAUGAAUUCAGAGUUGAUGUGGUCUAUGCAGCUGCCGGAGAUGUUAAGUGCUCCACCCUUGGAUCAUAAUCUGCCGCCAGCAAAUGCAUACUAUAGUGAUCUAGAUAUCACGCAGUAUCCACAGUUGUGGAAUUGGGGUGGUGAUGUGAAUCAUCAUCAAAUGUAAGAUUGUCCACUGAGCUGAGCCAAUGCCUUGUGAUGAUAGUUGAGACUUGAAACAGCAGCACCUGAAAGAAAGGAAGAAGCAGCAGCAGUCCCCCAUAUGGCAUGAAGAGGAGAGCACUGUUGGCUCUGGUUGAGCCAUGAGCUGUUUUGCAUUGUGCUCAUGAAUUCUUUUUAAUUAAAUUUUGCUUUAUGUAGUUGAGGGUGACAUUUAAACUCAGUGAAAUUGCUUAAGUUAGGUCAUGAAUUUUAUGAAGUGCCACUUUAAGCGAGUGAUGUAUGAUAUGAAAGCCGUUAUGUUUGUAAAGAUAUAAAAUUACGCAACCGUAUAUGCAAAGCUCUGUGGUCGUUCUAUGGUCUUUUUUUUUUUGCCUCCCAAGUAGGGAUUAGUCGUAAAGGACGUAUCAUAUCUGGUGGCCUCAGCUCGCAGGAUUAUUGGCAGUAUCAUACCCACACUGCCCUCAGUGAAUGAAAAAAGAAUGUCCCAUUGUGGCCACACCUGCUGUCCCUGUCAGCUCAUACCCCUGAUCCCUCUUUCUCUCUCUCUCUCCUCUUUCUCACUGCAGGCAGGGAACAGAAUUGGGUGGUGUUGGUCAUGGUGUAGUGCACAUGGUCAUGAAUUGUGCCUGGCUACUGGAUGUGGCGUGGAGUUGGUUGAUUGCUCGGCCCCUUAGUAGUAUUUCGGCCUUCUCCACAGCUCUUGUAAGCAUGCACAGGACAACCCAACCUAGCACUGGGCUUUAUACACACGUUUGUUGCGGUCGUACUGUAUAUGCAAAGUCACUUCAUCUGCCCUUCCCCUCCCCUCCCCUCCCAUGUUCCGCUAACUACCCUCCCCCCACGCCAUAGGCCUACUUGGUGACAAGCAGCUGCCCAUCCCUGGUCUGCUCGGAGGUCGCAUAUGAAACUUUAUGCUUAACUCCACUUAAUCUGUGGAAACAUUAAAGAUUUAUCAGGCAAAA